AUGAAAGAUUCAGUCCAGCAUAAUGCUCUAAUUGAGGACGGUGGAUGUCCAUACCAACCUGAAGUUAUUGAUUUGACUCAAAGUGAUGAUGACAGCGCGUUCGAAGGGGAUACAGAAUCGGACGAUGAUCUCCCCUCCCUUCGAAGUAUCAUGCUCGGGCGUAACAAGAAGAGAAACAUCACGAAGUCAAGAGAUGUCGAGGACAGUGUAUCAGACAAGGUCAUCGACUUUGCCCGAAACGGUGGUACAGUUGUCCUAGGCGGCCUAUUCAGCUCUUUGAUACGGCCAAACGAUUUGCGAACAUACUUCAGCAGCAAGUGGGCUCUUCCUUAG